CCUAGGAUGUUUGGCGAAGCCGCCAUUUCAAAACGCUUAGGAAUUCUAGGACCUGUUGGGAAUUUUCUAUACCUAUAUUUUUAUUUUUGUAUUAUAUUUUUAUUUUGACUAGCAAGUAGUACAUUUAAUACCUCUCUCUUUUUUUAAAAUAAAUAUAUAUCUUGCCUGUACUACCAAUAGGGAUGGAUUCAGACCCUGAACAGAAUCCCCAAAUGCCUAAGAAUGAAUCCCAGAGAGGUUCAGGUGACUUCAAUUCCAGGGGACGAGGAUCCAAAGGCCGUGGUCGUGGGGGGCGUAUGGGCCGAGGCGGUAUGCGAGGGGCCGGAGGCGUAGUUAAAGCUUUUGGUCCACCAGGACGUGGGAGAGGCCGAGGGAAAGAUGGAGCCAUGAAUGGAUUUGGACCCAUGAGAGGAUUGGGGAGGAUGCGACCUUAUCCAGACCUCAGAGGUCAUCGUGGGAGGGGUGGACCAAUGGCUAUGCGUCCUCCACCUCCUCUCCCUCCCCCGCCUCCUCCACUUCCGCCUCCUAUGCACUUCCGAGCCCCCUUUCCACCCAUGCCAAGGCAUGGACCGCCUCCACUCUCACCUCCAUGUCACCCUGGUUUCAGAGGGCCCCCACCAUACCCACGAGGCAGAGGCAUGCCACCACCUGGCCCCCCACGCCACUUCCUCCCUCGCGGACCAAGAGGCUACCACAAUGGACCGGUCUCUCCUCCGCCUCACCCCCCACCUGGCAGAGGCCAGAGGUGGCCAGGCCCCCCUGGUGGCCGCCGAUUUUAACACAGUCUAAAAUCUAUAGAAUGACUACCCGAUAAUGCAGGACUGGCCUAAAAUGGAGAAGGGAAUGAAUCGUACCUGAACUAUGUGUCAUACAGCAUUGAAUAUCUAUAAAACAGUCUGUGGCCAAGUAUUAUUGGUAUUGUUUUCUGGCGAAGAAAGGAAACUUACUUGUUCCACAUAACAUGAUGCAUAACUUGGCAAUGUGAAAGCAUUAACACAUUGUGUUGCUCAUAAAUAAUGUUGGCACUGCAGAGACUUUGAUAUUGUUAAAAGCUGUUUGUAGUUGAACUCAUUGUUCUCAAAGAGGGAAAAAAAAAUGUUUCGUAAAUGUUCUGUUAUUCUUGUCACCUGUUAGCCUUAACAUUUUUCCUGAUUUCUAAAAAAAGACUAAAAAUAUGGUGGCACUGUAUAUUUAAAGGUGGGAGAAAAGGGAGAAAAAAGUACUGUGCCCUCAAGGAUUAAUGUUACACCCUGGACCUCCCUUGUAUUUCCUUUUGUUACGUCAAGAUAGUUAUGUAUUAUGUCUCAAAAUAGUGCAACAAAUAUUGUUAAACACUUGCUCUUUUUGUCAAGUGAUAAGACGACAUUGAAUUUGUCAAGUAUUCGUGAAUAUUUACUUUUAUAAUAUCUUAAAUGUGCAGCUAUUUUACGUUAUGAGUACUGCUAUUUGAAAGAUUCAUGUUGUUUCAAGCAAUCUAUUGUGAAAUGACACUAAAGCAUCAUACAUAAAUAGUAUACUGAAGAAAUUUAUACAGUAAUUCAAUUUUAUUUAUAUUCACUUUAGUUAAGUAGAAGUUACUCUUUAUUCUGUUUUAGUUUUUUGAGUUGUUACUUUAUUAUUCACUGUAAUUAACAUCACUUUUGUGAACCUGUGAAUGUGUUUUAUGAAAACGUUUCAGAUAUGAGACAGUCGUGAAAGAAAACAAAAAUAAAACAAAAAAUUAAUAAACUCUACUUCUCCUUAUUUGUUAUUCACAAACAAGUUUGAGAGUUUGAGGCGAUUUUCAUGUCAGUGCCUUGCAAAAGUCUUCAUACUUACUGAAUGAUUCCCCGUUUUGUCACGUUGCAACCACAUACUCCAAUGAACAUUAUUGGGAUUUUGUGUGGUAGACAAACACAAGGUAGCAUGCAAUUGUGAACUGGAAAAUAAUGCUUGAUUUUCAAACUUUUUAACAAAUAAAAAUCUGAAAAUUGUGGAUGUCCAUUAGUUUUCACCCCCAUCUGAAUAAACCAAUUUUCACUGCAAUUGCAGUCUUUUAUAGUAUGCUCCCACCAUUUUAUUUAUUCCUACUUUCUACUUCACAAUUAUGCGCUACUUUUUGUUCAUGAGGCAUAAAAUACUACAUAUACUUCAGAAUUUAUGGCAAAUAUGAAAAUAGGCAGAAAAUAUAAAUAUCUUUACAAGAAACAAUGAACAAUAUGAGUGAUACUUUCAGUGUGAGGCUAUAUUUUAUACUUGCAUAAAUAUAUUUUAUGCAUGUAACUUCAGAGAUUAGCUAUUUGAAUGCUUAAAUUGGAAAUAUUUUAUACACUUUUCCGGUUUGGAAAAAGAUUGUAUGUAAUUCAGCACAUGUAUUACAUUGUCACAUCUAUUUAUGGAGUUUAGCUUAAGUUACAGUUACGGGCAAAAUAGAAAAGAGAAUCAAAUAUGUCUAUCUAUGCUAAACGGAGAGUAUAAAAAGGGUUUUAUAAGAGGUGUUUUUGAUUGCUAAUGUUACUGGAGGACGUAGGACCGCUCCAAUAUCAAGGCUUUGAAAAGCUCAUGUCAUGAUACAAGAAUCAGUGGUAGCAUGUCUAAAAGGAGGAUAUCAUCCUGAAACUCAGUGAGAUGAGUUAGCACUAUAAAUUUUCUGGCUGUUUUAAGAAAAAAUAUAUAUGCUGUUACAUUCAUGUAUGCAGUAAAUGUGAUCAGGGUUCUUAGACAAUAUUAGCACUGUAAUAGCUCCGUCCUUAUUUCUCAGUAGCUUUUAAAGUUACUGAGUAUCUAGUUGUAUCAAUAAAUUACUAAAAUAAGUAAAAAUAUAUUUGGUUAUUGGAAUGUCAAAUAUACAAGAUAAGCUCUUUAUUUCUGUUAAUCUCUGAGCCCUUUUUAGGAUGGCGAAUUUCUUCAAAUAAAGCAAGCAUUGCUCACUUGAAAUUGUAUGAUUUAUUUAAUCCGAACAAGAACUUUUAAUCCUCUUCUAGAUGAGAGCGUUUUCAUACUUCCAACCAGAGAUGCUGCAGAAUGAUUAAAUCCUGCAGACCCAAGAGGGGUAUCAAUUCCAGGUGCAGCCCCCUCUCAUCAUCUGUUUAUCUCCAUCUCUUCCAGUAUUGUUUUUAUUUUGCUCUUUCUUCCACCUCUGCAGUCCCCCCUCAUGUCUCUAACUGUGGUUGAUUAUAACAGACUGACUGUUGUUGUCUCCUGAAGGGGGGCACACAGUACAGUUAACCUCCCUGGCCCCAGGAGCCCAGAUCCUCCCUCACAUCCCUCCUCUCCUUCACCAGCAGCGUGACACCUGAGAAAACGCGACGCCUCAAUUGACAAGGUGAGCCUCGUCUUGUGUCUUUAAUGCCUCUCUGACCAAGAGAAAUUUUCAGGACAGAAGGCGCAACUAUAUUUGAGUUUCAUCACAUAUGGAGAGACGCAGAAUAUUUAUGGGUUAUGCUCUGCUUCAGUGCCUUUUUUAAUUAAAUAAAGAGGUAAAAAAUAGCUUUAAACUUUAUGGAGCUGCUGGAUUGUGAUUUUAACAUAGAUGAAUUAGAUAUUAAAUAAGAAGUUCAUAAAAAAAAUUUAAAAAAUCAUUCCUCCUCAAUUACCUCACGGUUGUGUCCUCUGAGGUUGAAGUUCACUCUCUAAUUGUCAUCUCAAUUAAGAUAGAUACCAGUGUGUGCAGUAUUGUAAUUACAAAAGGCUGUUUAGAUGUAAUAUUUGGAAUGGGCGUCUUUUAAUUGCCAUGCAUGCAAAUUCUGCAUUUCGGGAAUGUGUGGGUGGAUUGUGUGAAAUAAUACUAUGGCAAUUAUAUGCUUUUUUGAUAUAUAUAAAUCAAGUUAACAUGAUCUACAAAGGUGACCCAUUCAAGAAAGGGCACCACUGCUAACUUGAUAAUUGAAACACAGUCUGUUCAGAUGACCAUUUUGCACUUAUGUGCCGCUGAAAAUAAGCAUUAAAAGUUGGGAAAGGUUUAUAUUAACAGGUGUUCAUGAAUUCAACAUUUAUCAUUUUUAUUUACCUAGUUUUCAACUUUAUCACAGCAAUAAUUCUGUAAAUUCCUGUAAUAAUGACUGAGGAGAAGCUUUUUAACAAAUACAAAUAAGAUUUUUUUUUUUGCAUGUUCUUAUUUUAAUUUAUGAAGUGUCAUUAUGAAAGGCUAUUGCUUCUCAGAAAAAUAUAUAACUGUGGAGUUCAGAUAUUUGUAUGCAUCACAAGUUCCCUAUUUCUCUCUGAUUACCAGGCAUCCUACAAACAUAAGACAAUAUAUUAUUCUUAAUCAGUUUUGGUUUGACUGUAUAUGGGGCUAAAAAUAUUUUGAUACCUUUGACACUUUGCAUGCUAACAUAGCUAAUAAGCAAGCUAUGUUUCAAUUAACUCAUGUAAUGUAUCAGUUAUUUAACGUAUGCAUGUUCUUUUUCAUUACUGCUAAAAGCUGAAUAUUUGGAAUGUUGUACUGUGAUGUCUGUGUGUCAAGAAUAUAAUAAACACACAC